AAGCGCAAGAAAACCAUCUUCGACGAUCCGGACUCCUCCGACGAGGACACCACCGCGCCCGCGAACAAGAAACCCAGCGCGAUCGAAAUCACCACCCUCGGCGGCCUAGACGAGAUUCCCACCCCAGCGCCAGCCCCCAAACCCACCGACACAGACCCGCAUCCCCCCAAACGCAAACCAACCCUCACCAAUUCGAAACCCCCGUCAACCAUAAAACCCCUCUCCAAAACCUCGAUUUUCGCCAACGACUCCGACCCGGACGAUGAUGCCACCGCCGAACCAACAACGACAACGACAACGACCUACGGGCUCACCACCAAACCACCCACCAAAACCAAAACCCCAACCCCCACAGGAAACGAAUACACCAACCUCUCCGCCCUGCACAGCAGCCGCCAGCACCACCGCAGCGCCGAAUCCCUCGACCCGAGCAUCUACUCCUACGACAGCAUCUACGACACCCUGCACACCAAACCGCCCGCCCCCAAAACUGCAGGAAACCCCGAUGAUUCCCGGGGGCAAGUCCCGAAAUACAUGACCGCCCUGCUCCGCAGCGCCGAGAUCCGCAAACGGGACCAGCUCCGCGCCCGGGACCGGCAGCUCGCCAAGGAGCGCGAGGCCGAGGGGGACGAGUUCGCCGACAAGGAGAAGUUCGUGACGGCCGCGUACAAGGCGCAGCAGGCGGAGAUGCGGCGGAUCGAGGAGGAGGAGGCUGCCCGGGAGGCAAAGGAGGAGGAGGACCGACGGAAGAAUGGGGGCAAGGGGAUGGUCGGGUUCUAUCGGGAGAUGUUGGCGCGCGGGGAGGAGCAGCAUGCUGCUGUUGUUAGGGCUGCCGCGGAAGCGGCUGCGGCUGUAAAGGAAGGGGGUGCUGCAGCUGCAGCUGCAGGGGAAGGUGAGAAGAGUGGGGAGGAGAAGGACGACAAGCACAAGUCGGAGGCGCAGGUGGCGGCCGAGUUGAAUGCGCGGGGCGCGCACAUUGCCGUCAACGAUGACGGGCAGGUCGUGGAUAAGAGGCAGCUGUUGUCGGCCGGGCUGAAUGUCGCGCCGAAGCCGAAGGUGGCGCCGCAACUUGAUCCCAAGGCCGGGGCGAGAGUGGGUGGACCGGCGACGUCGAGGUUCGGCGCGAAUAGAGCAGGGGCGGAUCGCGGCGGCCAGCGCGCCAGACAGACGGAGAUGAUCGCGGCGCAGUUGGAGGAGCGGGCGCGGCAGGAGGAGGAGGCCGAGGCGGCGCGGCAGAAGGAGAUCGCCGAACGCAGUCGGAGCCUGAAGACUCAGGGCGACGUCUCGAGUGCGCGGGAGAGGUAUCUGGCCCGGAAGAAGGAGCGCGAGGCGGCG